AUGCCAACGAAAGAACAAAUGAUCAUUGGUGGAUUUUUUCAUUGUAAUGUUGGAGAUCGUGUUAUUUGUUUAUAUUGUAAUCUUAUUUAUCAACAAUGGCAAGAAAACAUAGAUGAUCCGGUGGAAAUUCACAAAACAUUGUCACCAAUGUGUUCUUAUGUUCAAUUUAUGUUAACACGAACAGAACCUUCAUCAGUUUUGAUUGUCAAUGAAAUUGUCAUAGAUAAUAUUGAUCAUCAAGCAACUGUAUUAAAUAAUAACAAUCAAGUUCGAUUCGAACAAAUUGUCUAUACAUCACCAUGUCAUAUUGCUUAUAUUAGUAUUCCAAGUCGACAGGCAACAUUUUAA